CACCUGUGUUUCCUUUCUAUCUCGCGCCUUUGCUCGCGCAGACCAUCUUGCCUCUCAGAUCCUCAGAUUGCUGCUGUCAGCCGCUGCCUGCUCCGUGUUGUUGUAGUAAAUAAUGGCGGCAUCGGGAGGCGGAUUAUCCCCUCCCGCUACCGUGGCGGGCUUGAGCAUCCAAGCGCCGGCUCGGGCUCGCUUCCCGGGUCGGCCGUGCACGGUUCGCAGCAGGCUGCGCUCGGAGAAACGUAUCAAAUGCGGAAGGUUGGGCUCGGACGACGGGGAUCUGGCUUCCGAAGGGCCGAGGCCCGUAAACAUCGGCCUGGCGUUGAGCGAGGACCCGGCCCUGCUGCGCCUGCUCGGGUUGUGGGAGAAGCACAGCAGGCAGCGAGAUGCGGGCUUCAUGUCCAGUGAAGAGGAGGAGGACGUUUUCACUGGAUUUGGGACCACCACAGCUAGUCCACAGAAAGCUCCUAGGUCGUCUUUACUCAGCCGAGCAAAGCUUCCCCCAGCUUCAGACCGCUCUCUGGAAAUAAAGCCUCUAUUAGGAAAGAUUAUACCUAAGAGUCCAAAAUCGUCUCUUAUUGGAAAAAUUGUGUCCAGAAUUCCUAAAGAAGACCAUGGUUUCAUAAAGAGCCGAUCUAAAGACCAAGAUAUACCCAAGGUGCUGAUUAAACUGCACGGCAAGCAGGUAGCUCCUACUGUAGCAGCCAAACAUGCAGGCGCGCAGGCCUCAGAUAUACAGAGCAGUACAAGAGCAGCAGACUUUAUUAGGAGAGCAGGAAAAUCAGCAUACUCGCGCAACAUGCGAAACCAAACAGCCGCUACCUCAGCUGGUGGCACCAGGCAAGCUUCCAAGGUCAAAGAACCAGGCGAGGUGUCUGAGGAUUCAGACACGGACCAAUCUCAGCCACAGAGAUCUGUGAAACGCAUGAUUGGGCACACCAGACGCACCUCCCAAGCAGCAGCUCUGUCGUUCACAUCCUUUCAGAAACGGCAGAGGAAGAGAAUGGCUAAGGGUAUGGGUGCCUCUCCAGAGGCCGGAGCUGAGGCCCAGAGUGGAGACAAAGCAGCAAUGCCACUCAAGUGUAAAGCCACAGAUUCCCCUGAAAAAAGAAUACUCAAAAGGCAACGCAAAAAAUCUCUGUAUGGGCACAAGCGAAAGCCAAAGCCAAACGAUUCGCCAGAAGUUAGACGUCCGAAUGUUCGUCGUAUUCGAACUACGCAUGUUUUUUACACCUAUGUAACGGAGCCCAGUCCAGCCCCACUGACUCCGGGUGGGAACCAGCAGCAGCUGCAGAGUCAGAGUAUCGCCCCAUCUGAGGGUGACCCCAACACCUCCACUACUGUAACGAGUGGACGGUCCUCCCGCGUCAUCAAAACUCCAAAGAGGUUCCUGGACGAGACAAUUAUCCCCUUUCCGAAGGGUUCUCUGGCAACAUGGCAGAAAAGUCAACAGAGAGAGGAUGGAAAACCAAGUCCAUCAUACCAUGACUCGAGUUAUGAUGGCAACUCGCUGCAGUCAGACUGUGACUCUACAUCUGUGACCGACAGCCCGUCUGCAAAGUUUCCAUCAAAGCCCAGGCCAGGCACGAGCCACCUCGAGAUUUACAAGAACCUUAAGAAACUGACCUUGAAACUGGCGGAGAAAAAGAAAGGCCACUCAGACACUGAAGGGAGCUAUCAACAAAGUGGCGACGGGUUGACCUCUCACGUUAGGAAGAAGCGGCGGACGAAGCUCAUGAUGGAGGAGAUGGAUGCGCCGGGUGUUGUCAGGAAACUAGCCGUGUUGGUGAAUGCUGAUGUGGCAGCCCCCUCAAGUACGGCGUCAGGAGAUACAGGCAGCAACACUACAGAUGAAGCGGGAGGCGUUCCCGGAGAGAACAAUGAGGCGGUGGAAGUCAGCGGUCCCAGCUAUCGCAUUGGUCUCAGUGGAGCUAAUAAGACCAUGCUCCACCUGCUGAAGAAAGCCAAAGUCCAGCUCAUCAAAAUUGAUCAGCAGAAGCAGCUGAAGAUGUCGCAGUUGGGCUCAGGAGAAUCACGAGUGCCAGUGACGAGAAGGAGGAGGAGGAGAGUUGGCUUAUCUCCCAAAGAUAAAAGUUCUGAGGAGCAGCCGCUAGGUGGGCCGAGGAUCAAACAUGUGUGUCGGGCAGCAGCAGUGGCUCUGGGUCAGCCCCGCGCCUUGGUGCCAGACGAUAUCCCCCGACUCAGCGCCCUGCCGCUCCACGAGAGAGAGGGCAUCACCUUUUUUCCCGCAGCAGAAGAUGUGGCCGAUGAUGACGAUGAGAUGCCUGAUCCGGGCCGGGAUCAGUGGUUUGUCACUCAGAAUCACAUUCAGAGGAGGAGGAGGGUCCGGGGGAGGGGGAGGGGCCAAAUGUUCAGGAAGAAGAAGAAGAAGGCCCAGGGUCAAUAUGCCAUUGGGGGAGUCCGCUCCCGGCGCUGUGGAUGCUGCAAGGGCUGUUUGAUAGAGGAGGACUGCACAGAGUGCACCAACUGCCUCGAUAAGCCCAAGUUCGGAGGGCCCAACACCAAGCGGCAGUGUUGCGUAUAUAGGAAGUGUGAUCGGAUUGAGAAAGCGAGGAUGGAUCGCGUCAUCAAACCAUUGAAACUCAGGGCAAGGCAUUUCCUCCGCCCCGUGUCAGGCAGUGAGGAUACGAGCUGGAAAUCUAGAGUCGCAGCCGAGGGAUCGCCAUCGAAGGCGCCUGGCCUCAGGAAACAUUCUCUACGUAACAUCACGCCGCGCUCCUACAGCAGCCUGCUGAAGUCUGAAUCUGAGGAUGAGGAGGGAGUAGAAGAAAAGUACAAGGCGGAUAAAUCGCCAGUUAAGACGGCUGUAGCCUCUGAUAACAAGCAAGGUCUCGUUCCUCAAGAUGGAGGAACGCUACCAGGCGACCCUCCGACUGAGAUGCCGAAGCCUCGCCGGCUGUUCUCCAGAGGACCCGGGACCAAACCCAGAGCUAACAAGAAUCCUGCAGAGUGUGCAUCAGGGAACAGCCUGACUGGGUUAACCAACGGUUUUCCCCAAAAAGGCCUGUUGCAGAACAAGUACAAGAUUCGUGUGGACUUCAAGGAAGACUGUGCUGUCCAGAACGUGUGGCUGAUGGGCGGCCUGAGCGUCCUCACGUCCGUCCCCACCACCCCACAACCUGUCUGCCUGCUCUGCGCCAGUAAAGGACGACAUGAGAUGAUAUUCUGCCAGAUCUGCUGUGAGCCUUUCCACAGUUUCUGCCUCUCAUCCGAGGAGCGCCCCCAGGAGGAGAACAAGGAGAACUGGUGCUGCAGGCGCUGCAAGUUCUGUCACGUGUGUGGCCGUCGAAGCAAGAGCACAAAGCCAGUGUUGCAGUGCAUGAGAUGCCAAACCUCCUACCACCCCUCCUGCUUGGGACCAACCUACCCCAAACCUAUGAACUGCAGCAUGCCUUGGGUGUGCAUGACAUGCAUUCGUUGUAAAAGCUGCGGCGUGACUCCUGGAAAGUCCUGGGACUUGGACUGGAACCACGAGCAGGAUCUUUGUCCUGACUGUUCUUCUCUCCACAAAAAAGGUAAUUUCUGCACCGUCUGCAACACGUGCUACAACGCCAAUGAUCAACACACACAGAUGAUUCAGUGUUCGCAGUGCAGCCACUGGAUCCAUUACACAUGUGAAGGACUUUCGGAUGAGCUGGUUGGGAUGCUGUCGAGCCAAACGGAGAAAGUGCUUUUCAGCUGCUCCCCCUGCAGAGGGCAGCCGACUGAAGGCAGCAGCUUGAAGGUGGAGCUGCAGGGGAGGCUGGUGGACGGGCUGGAGGAGGUGCUCACUGACCUCCUCUCCCACAACACCACACAGCACCUCCUCAAGUGCAAAAUGUGUCGGGAAACAAACAACACACAACUUAUCAGGGAACAGCAACCAGUGUGUGAUCUACAAGCCAUGGAAAACAAGUUUCAAGUGGGCGGAUACAGCUCAAUAAAAUCUUUCCAUGCGGAUGUUGUCUCUGUGAUGAGGAAAGCGCUGAAGGAGGAGGAGCUUCUCCCCGAGGAGCUGAGACCCACCAGUCAGGCUGGGGAACGCUAUGUCAAAGUCGUUGAGCAGAUGUUCAGUUGGUUUCCUGCAAGCCAACUGAAAAAGUGGAACUUGUCAUCUGGAGAAUUACCAAGUGGCAUGCUCCCUGAAGCAGUCCUCCCUCCAUCUAAGGAGCACAGCUAUGCGCAGUGGAUGGAACGGACAUACCAGCCCAAAGAGCCCAGGGGCCCACAUGCGGGGAAAGCUGAGUCUGUGGUUUCCUCAGUCACGACACAGCAGUUUGGUGUACCGCACGGCCGCACUCUGUAUUCACAUGGUGUAAAGGGUGAUCUGAAUAGUACCAACACUGGAGAUAUGAGGCAGUGUGCCCUGUGCCAACAAAAUGGAGAUUAUCCUCCCCGGGAUGCAGGGCGGCUGCUGUACUUGGGACAGAAUGAGUGGGCUCACAUUAACUGCUGCCUCUGGUCUGCAGAGGUGUAUGAGGAUAACUGUGCUCUUUUACAAGUGCACAGCGCUGUCUCAAGAGGGCGCCACCUGCGCUGUGAUCGUUGUGGACAGUCAGGAGCCACGGUGGGCUGCUGUCUCUCCACCUGCCAGAGUAAUUUCCACUUCAUGUGUGCACGUGCCCAGCACUGUGUGUUUCAGCGGGACAGGAAGAUGUUCUGCUUCAAACACAGAGAUCUUGUCAGUGUGAAGACGGUGUCUGGGAAAGGGUUUGAAGUCGCUCGGCGGGUAUACGUGGACUUUGAUGGGAUCACUCUCAGAAGAAAGUUCCUCACAGGCCUGGAGCCAGAAACCAUAAACAUGACCAUAGGCUCUCUGCAGAUUCAGAAACUUGGUGUGUUAUCAGAGCUGUCGUCAAAUGGGAGGAUGCUGUAUCCCGUCGGCUAUCAAUGUUCCCGGCUGUACUGGAGCACUGUGGACCCUCGCAGACGCUGCAAGUACACAUGUAAAGUGACAGAAGUUAGCACGCCUCUGCCUGGCGAGGAACAAGAUCCACGGUGGGACAAUGAAGAUAAUCACACCAUAAUCCACAGCCCCAACCACCACAGAGAUAUGGAGUCCCCGGAGCGUUUAAGCUCGUCAUCCAGCCCAGUGAAGCCCACUACUCCAUCACCUAACUCCAAACAGCACAACACACCCGGGUCCAAAAGUCCUGGUUACACACAGACCAGGAAACCAGCAGGAGGGUCUUCUCGACCUCUUCCAUCUCCAGGGUCCGCUCUUCCCAAAUCGCAUCACAUCCUGACACUGAGGGACCUGGAGGACACCCGGCGGCCUCGCAGGCUCUCAUCAAGAAGCCGCUGCAGUUCCUCGCCAACAGAUAGCGACCCGUCUGUGCCGAUGACCCUCCGCUCUGGAGGCACCAUCCAAUCCAGGUGUGCUCUGUUCAGCUCCCCUCCAAGGACAUCCAAUUUGGGGGCAGCGUCUCCUCCUCUGUCACGACAAAACUCAGUAUCACCACCAGUCUGGAGCUCACCACCCCGAUCCAACUCCAGCAUUACUGCAGGGCUGUCACCUCGACAAGGAGCCAUCACACACUCCCCCAGAGGGAGGCAGAACUUUAAAAUCACCACACCCAUUUCUGCAGAAGUUCCUCAGGACUUCCUAGCAUCGUCUGAGGCAGAAGACGCAGCGGUGGCCACGACCAAUGGGAUCUCACUAGCACCUGGUAACCUAGAGGAGGAGGUGGCCCACCUGAUGGCCCAGGAGCUGCCAUACACGGUGUUCGACACGGACACAGAGGUAGCCGUGGCCUCCAUGCUGAACGCUAAGCUUGACUUUGACGAGGCUCUGCUUACUGAGAACGUUGGCCUUCACUGUGUAGCACCGGGCGGGAGGGAAGAGGUGGAAAACAUAGUGCAAGAUUUGCAGAUGCAAGAAGACCACCGGGAAAAUGACUCUGAAGUUGAAGACUCAAGCCAUUACUUUAAAUUUGCCCGCACAGUUGUGUGUGAAGCAGCUAGCAGCUCGGACGCCUCAGCACAGCUCACUUCAACGCAGUCCAUCUCCCAGUUAGAUGGAGCGGACGGAGGGUCGGAGAGUGAUGAAAGCGAAACGAUCGAUGAUGAAGCUCAGGAGGACACAGAAAUAGAACAUGGAGGGAGUCAGAUCCACAGCACACAUAAUACACCAACUAAGCAGCUGACAGUCACUCUUCAGAGGUUGGAUUCAAUCUACAGCAUGCCAAAGUCAAGCCAUGACCUUGAGGUACAUGAAAGUACUCCACCGUGUGAUAUCCUUGAAAAUAGUUAUGAAAAUGACGAGGUGUCAGUUCAGGAGGAAGAAGUUCCCAUGAGCUUUGAAACGCCAACAGCUCAAGCGGAUCUGUUUCUGGAUUCCACCACAGGCCAUUUUACUAAUUCUGAAGUUGUCACUGAAGUUGUCACUGAAGUUGUCACUGAAGUUGGCACUGAAGUUGGCACUGAAGUUGUCACUGAAGUUGUCAAUGAAGUUGGCACUGAAGUUGUCACUGCUGUGUGCACGAAUAAUAUUGAAUUAGGCCUCAAAGAAGACAGCUGCUCAUCGGUCGACUCUGUUGAAGGGUUUAAAGAUGAUUUGAAAGACCUUGACUACUCUCCAGAUCGUGCUGAGGGUCAGGAGCGUAAAACCAAAAAGUCUCCCACAGCGCCGAUGAAAGCAAUCAUCAUAAAGACAAAAUGUCCACCAACAAACCUCCAUCGCUUGUCGCCAAAACCUUGUCUUCCACAGCAGCGCACCUUCAAAAUGAUGUUGCCACCUCGGCCUGUACAGAUUGUAAACAGUUCUUCCCCCGCUGUUGUCACUGUUCCUCGCACAAUCACCUCCCCGAUCAUGAUCAAUGGUUUAAACGUACCCAUUCAGGCUGCUGCCACACAGGGACGAACCAUCGCCAUUCGCCUGGACAACCCGACAGGAAGUCAGCAGCAGGUUGCGAUUCAGAAUCAAGCCGCAGCCACUAGCUCGCCGGCUCCCGCCCCUCAGGUCCUGUUGGUCAACCGACAGGGUCAGAUCCUGAUCAAAGACCCGAGAUCCAACACUUAUCAGACCCUCAGCACAAACUCUCCUGCCUACAAUAAAAUAAGCCAGAUUGCCAAGAUUCUCCACAGCGGGAAUGCUUUGCAGCGCUCGGUCCCUCGUGUUGUGAUAAAGCCACGGUCCAGCCUCUCCGCCACAAACGUCCCCUCCGCCAGUAACAACACCACAACCACCGAGAGAAAAAUCAUCGUCAGAGUGAUGCCUAUGAAAAGCGCCGCCGCUGCAGCUGCCACGACCCCGGUGACCCUGCAGACGACCCUGCAGACGACCCUGCAGACGACCCUGCAGACGGCCCUGCAGACGGCCCUGCAGACAACCCCUGACGCACGUUUCUCUAGCAUUGAAGCGAGCACAGCCCAGGCUAUCAUCGACAGAGCCAUGGCCACCCACCGCGAAGUGCCAAAGACUACACCCCUCAUCCUCAGUAAAACUUGCCGGCCAAAGGUCAGAAAGCCAUUGCCGGUUCAGGCUUCAGAGGUCUCAGAUCAGUCACCAGCUGCACAUUCAGAAUCCCACAGCAGUUUAGUAAUCGAACCAGCACUAGCCUCGUCAUCACGCCAGCAGGUCAGAGUCAAGAGAGUGUCGGCGGUGUCCGAACGACCCUCCAAUAAGAAAUCCAAGAUGGACUUUUUGAGGGAUCCCUCAAGUGAGCUGGAUCAAGUUAAUGAAGCUAGACCGAGUGGUGUGAGGAUUAAAGCUCCAUCAAUGACGGACAUCCUUGAUAUGGACCAGGAAAAAAUUUCACAUGAGCCUGAGCAGUUAAGGAUUUCCGCUCCACCUCCUCCUCCUACACCCUCCAGGCACCCUCGGGUUGAGACUCCGCCCGCACAUGUACAAACCAACAGUCCCAUUCAGAGUAAAACACACACGUGGGUCGGCGCUCGCCACGGAGACCUCUCUGAAUGGGGCCCUUAUUCAGGUUUUAGCUCAGAAGAAGAUGCACCUGUACCCAAACACAGGAAGAGGACGUACAUGAACCAGCCCCACCUGCGCUUCGAAAUCACCAGCGAGGACGGAUUCAGUGUGAAGGCUAACAGCAUAGAGGUGGCCUGGCGAGCGGUGAUUGACGGCGUCCUUGAGGCCCGCACAGGCUUCCACCUGAAGCAGCUGCCUCUGGGCGGGAUGAGCGGGCCGCGGGUGCUCGGCGUCGUUCACGAUGCCGUCAUCUUCCUGUUGGAGCAGCUGCAUGGUGCCGCUAACUGCAAACGCCAUCGCUUCCGCUUCCACCGCUGCGAGAACAUAGAGGAAGAGCUUCCUCUCAAUCCAAGCGGCUGCGCUCGUACUGAAGUCUACACACGGAAAGCGACUUUUGAUAUGUUCAACUUCCUGGCAUCGCAGCACAGAGAGCUCCCUGUCAUGGUGGGCCCCUUUGAUGAAGAGGAGGAUGAAUUCCCACUUAAAUCUUCCAGGCGAGCCACCAGCAGUGAGCUUCCCAUGGCAAUGAGAUUCAGACACCUGGAAAAAAUCUCCAAAGAAGCAGUAGGAGUUUACAGAUCUGAAAUUCAUGGUCGCGGCCUUUUCUGCAAAAGAAACAUCGAGGCUGGCGAGAUGGUGAUCGAGUACGCUGGCACCGUCAUUCGCUCUGUGCUGACUGAUAAGCGGGAGAAAUAUUAUGACGGCAAGGGAAUCGGCUGUUACAUGUUCCGCAUCGACGACUUCGACGUGGUUGACGCGACGAUGCAAGGCAACGCGGCUCGCUUCAUCAACCACUCCUGCGAGCCCAACUGCUACUCUCGCGUCAUCAACGUCGACGGACGCAAGCACAUCGUCAUCUUCGCCCUGAGGAAGAUCCACCGGGGCGAAGAACUCACCUACGACUACAAGUUCCCCAUCGAGGACGAGAAGAGCAAGCUGCACUGCAACUGCUCGACGAGGCGCUGCCGUCGCUUCCUGAACUAGUACAACACACACUCACACACAACGCACAAAUAGCCAUCUUGACAAAUGCAUUUGAACUCAGGAGGCUGACUCUGAUGAACUGAUGAAGGCGACUGUUGUGACGUAGCCAUGAGAGGGAAUUCUUUGAUACACAGAUCUGCUUUGCUUUCUUGGAAACAUAAUUUAUAGACUGGUGGAGGACAUUGCUGUCCCCUGAACUGCUGUGAACCAGAUUAGAGCCAUAUGUUUCUGAUGAGUACUAUUUAGGUCAAUGCUGGAGUGUUGGUCUGUGAGAAAGUGCAGUUAAAUUAAGGACAAUGCACCUUUUUUGGGGGAUUUUUGUACCGUUUCACCAUCUCAUACACACAUUCUUACUUUUUUACAUUGAAUUUGUCUGGAGCCUCUGCUAGAAGGCAAUUAUUACCAGCUACAAACAGUGCAAGCUAAGAUAGCCCGAUUGCAGCUAUUACUGUUAUGCUGGUAUAUUUGUAAAUACAAGGUCACAGAGGCGGAUGAGGAGAAUUUAUUCAGCACCUUACUUUGACACGACCUUCUCCAGCAGCAGGAGGGACGUUCAAACACAUUCAUCUCCAGGCAACUUUAGUGCAGCUGCGUUUUAACUUCAGUCUGGAGACCACAAGGUGCUGGGGACAUUUAACCCAAAAGGUAGUUUUAAUAUAGUUACUCAAACCCUUUUCCCCCCCCUCAGUUGAAAUGUCCUGUUUUUAUUUGUGACGGCAGAAAUGCUGUGAUCUAAAUGCUUUUAUCCCGCAAUUACUGUCUGUUCUUUAUCUCUUAAUUUGUAAUGUUUGUGUAUUUGAGGUCUAUAAGGGAGAGUUCCCUGGUGAAGCCAGGGUUCAAACUGAAUAUAAUGAUUUUGCUCCGGUGAGUCCCUUAUACACCUUUUUGUAUUUUUGUAUAUUUGAACAAUAAAUGUAUAUUCAACAA